AUGAAACUAAUUGAAAUUGUUUAGUCAAUCUAACAAUUCUAAACAGAAGCUAAUUAUCCUAAUAUUCUCUACAUUAUAUCACUUAAGUAUAUUCAUUUUAUUAAUUAUUUAGUUGGGUAUAAAAACUUAUUCAUUCUGUUAAAUUGGAUGCAAAAGAAAAUGUACCUAUGAAACCUAUUAAUCAUGAUAUUAUUGAUGAAACUAAAUCUAAUGUUAUACAGUAUUAUAUUAAAAUUUAAUUAGAUAUGAGGAUGAAUAGUUUAAUACAUUUUUAAAAGAUAAUUUACAAUUAAAUGUUGAUUACAUUUAUAUUAAUGAAUAGAUAUGGUCAAGUUUAAAUGUAAAUCUUAUUAAUUAUUUUAAGAAUAUUUACCCUGGAUAUUGUGUUAAAAGAUAAUUAAGAAAUUAAAACUAAAUCAACUAAUUUAUCCUAUUUAAUUUUAUUCCUGUUUAUAAAUCCUAGAAAUAUUAUAUAGACGGAAUCUAAUAAUUUGAUUCUGAUUGGACUUUUUAAUAAAUAAUUUCUUAAUUAGAAAAAGCAUUAUAAAAUUAAUUAUCACUUUAAACUCCAAAAUAAAAUUUUAUUAAAUUAUAUGUGCUUAAGAAUGAAAAUCAAACUAAUUUAAAUAAAAUAGUUUAAGAACUUAAAGAUAAAAAGAUUGAAUUAGAAAUAAUAGAAAACAAAGAUCAAUUGCUUAAUAAAAAAUAUCUCAUAAUGGAUAUUAAGGAAUAUAAAAAAGGAUAUUAUUUUUAAUAGAGUUUAACUAAAAAUGAAAUAGUAAAUGAAGAUUAGUUAAGUUAGGAAUGUAUUGAAAAUUGUAGAAAAGGAUUAUCUAUAUUUGAGGAUUAAUAAAGUUUAUUGAGUUGUAUGCUGAAAUGUUAUGAAUGUAUAGAUGCAAUAAGAAAUUAAAUAUUUAAUGAUUCAUCUGAGAAAUAAGAAUAAAAAUAUGGAAUAAGAGAACUUGCUAAUUAUGAUAUCUUUGAAGAUUAAACAGUUAUUGAUUCAUCUUAAAAAUAUUAAAAUUUAAAGGAAAUAUUAGAAGAAUCAUAUUAUGGAUUUAGUGAAUAUGUCUAUUAUGAUUUGUUGAAUUACGAAUUCUUUGAAGAGAAAUAGGUGACUAUAACAAAAUCUAGAUAUGAUGCAGUAUACAUUUACAAUAAUGAAAACAGAAUAAUCAUUAAUAAUCAAAAGAAUAUUCGAUAGUUAGUAGAGUCUUUAUUGGGUCAUCCAUAAUUAUAUUGUGAUUUUAAUUCAGUAUUGUUUGAAAGCAGUAAUGAAUUUUAUACUGAGGAUAUUGAUUUUAUGAAACCAGCUUAUAGUUUGAAAGAAGGCUAUACUUAUUAAUUGAGAAAAUUAAUGUGGUAAGAACAUAAUAUUAAUAAUGAAGAUCGAAUUGAAAUACGAGUUCAUUAAUGCAUUUAUGAAAAUCUUGGUUAUCAAGAAUACAAACCUUUUGCUCCUAUUUAAAAAUGUUAUAUAAGUUAAUGGGGUAAGUUUCAAGACUUACAUUUGUUGAUAGCUAAUUUGUUUGAAGAAAUUAACUAUGAUAAUUAUAAAGAGCAUAGAUUAAAUAAAAAAUAUACUAUGUAUUUUCAGACUGAUCAAUAAGGAUAAAUUAAAUGUUCAUUUUGUAUGCAGAAAUUUUGUAAUAAUUGUUAAGUACCUUUUAAUGAUAAGCCUUUAAAAUUUGGAAAAAGAAUAAUCAACAUUUAUGUUAUUUAUCAAGAUAUUUAAUGUAAAUUUUCUCGUUAUUAACCAAUUAUAUUUGAUAAUUAUUUCCUUAGAGAUUAUUUUGAAGUUGAUUGGGCGAAAGAUAAAAUUCUAAUAUUGAACAUAAAUUAAGAUUAAAUCAAACCAUAUAAUAUUAAAUAUUAUUUUGAAUCAAGUAUGUGUUUAUUUAAUAUUUCAGAUCAUUAUUAAUUACAUGGAAUUAUUGAAAAGCUAUCUUAAUAUGAAUAUUAAUGUUAUUGUCGGAAAAAUUAAUAAUGGUAUAAAUUUACAUAAAAUAAAUAUGAAUAAGUUAAUGAUUUAAAUGAUGAUUUGGAUGUAGUUAAAUUGUUUUAUAUAAGAAAAUGA